AUGGCUAUGGACGCUGAGUUCGCCAAGCCCGAGCUGGGUUUUGAUCCUGCCGAUAAUCAAGUCGUGAAGGAGUACUACGGUAGAGAGAUAUCUAGGCCCGCAAUGGAUCCAAGUGGGCAACGAGCGGCCACAGUGAUGGAACGCAUCGAUGAACAAUUUGAGAGCUUUUCAGAAAUGAUUGGUCGCGAGCCGACUGAGGAAGAGAAGAACAGAAUGGAAGAAGUUCAGAUCAAAUGCAGCGGUUGGCUAGAGGGUGCCAAGAUUGAUCUCGAAGGCAAGGACCAAGUACCUAUCGCAUGGUUCAACCGUCUCGUAGUGGAGCUGGAGGAUACUAUACUGCGUGUUGCACGCGACCAUGUCGAGUCCAGUGCUUGCUACAUAACAGCUUCAACAGCAUGCGGUGACAGUACUGUGUUAGUGGACGAGCUAAACAAGCUUGAGGAGGCCGCAAGCACACAGUACGACCCAAAAAAGAAGGAAGACGAGAUUGACUUCAUGAAACUUUUGCUUGAAACAGACAUUGGGGAGGCAAGAGCAAAGAGCCAGAACUUAAAGGGCGAGAUUGCGCGGCUCGAAAACAUAGCUACUCGAAGUGAAGACGAUUAUAUCAAGAUUAUUAAGGCGAAGAAUACCAUGAUUAAAGACUACGAAGACCAGUUAGGCCAAUUGCUGAAGUCUGAUACUAAUGACGGCGCAUCGGUCAAUGAUAGUAACAAACAACUUUCUCCAGAAAUCCAUGAACAUCAACUCGACAUCGAGAAUUUGCGCAGAGAGAAAGCCGCACUCAAGGGUAAGGGCAGACAAACUGACACUCUUGAAAGGCAAGUUAAUCAACUAAAACUACAAGCGGAUACACCGAGCACCAAGCAUCCAAAUGAUGAGAAAGGCAAUAACAAGCCAGUAGAUACACUUCAAGCUCAAAUUAAGGCUCUGCAAGACGAGAACAGCAAGAUUGAGAAGAAUUUGAAUGAGGAACUUCAAAACUUAAAGGAGGAGCUUGAAAGUUACAAGGGUAGACUCAUCGUCGGGGGUUGUGAAGACGAGGUAGACCCUUCGGAGAAAGAGGUCGAGGACUUCGAAGCCGCACAACGAGAACCAUCUUUUGAAAAAUACCAAAAGAAGCGGAUAUCUGCGGUCACCAAAGUUCACGAUGGCCUGCGGGCGUUAAGAAUAGCUUUCGAACAGCUUUUGGAAGAUAUCGGAUCGGAGGACAAGCCUUCUACCACCCAACAAACACAUGCUCGAUCCUGUCGCUGUUUCGAGGACACAAGCAUUUGA